AUGUUUAUUUUUUCGGAGAGUAAUAAAGUUAAGAAUAAAAACGACACUGACUGCUCGACAGUGUCUGUAUUUUCCCUGAACACAGCCGAGGAAAUCGAAUCCCAUCACAUCCGUUUCUCCGAGCUCAGCUCGCUAGAGCCAAGCGAUUUGCCAUCGUCGUCGGGUGAAAAGGAUUCCCUCUGUGCCGACGACCGGGGGAAACCCCGGGAACCGACCGCCCGGACAGCCUUGCAAUUUCAGAUUCUCCUGGCAUGCGCUGCAUGCGCAUUAGCCUUCCCGGAGCCACCACGGGGGCGCAUUGUUUUGCCGGCUAAGCAGCUCCAGCUGCCCGAACUUGAGUAUGGUGCCCCCAAGCAAGAAUAUGGUCCACCGGCGUCAGACUACGGACCACCGACGCCGGUGUACGGUCCACCGGCUUCCGAGUAUGGUCCUCCGCCAAUACAGAAGCUAGUCACCAAAAAUGUGUACGUGCACGUUCCACCGGAAGAACCGACCGAAAUCGUCAAAAGUGCCGUACUGGAAGCUCCCAUUCCGAAGAAACACUACAAAAUCAUCUUCAUCAAGGCUCCGGCACCACCGGCACCGAUCCAGCAGCAGAUUCCACCACAGCCACAGGACGAACACAAGACUUUGGUGUACGUGCUGGUGAAGAAACCCGAAGAACCUGCACCGUUGGAGAUCCCACAGGCCGAACCAACCGAACCCAGCAAACCCGAGGUUUACUUCAUCAAGUACAAAACCAAUGAAAACAAAGAACCUGCCAAGAGCUACGGUCCUCCGUCCAAUGCCUAUGGACCUCCUUCCUCUCCCUCGGGACCGGCACGUUAUCAACAGUUCUAGGUUUAUGAGAAAAAAAAACGGUGCUAGACACAAUCCAGGGUUUUUGUUACUUGUUGUUUAUUUUUUAUUAGAACCAUUGUAUAAGAUAAGCUAGGCUACUUUGUUUAUUACUUGUUCGGGUGAAAAUUCAGUGGUCGUUAGAAUUAUCAAUCCAGAAAUCCUUUCCAAUAGAUUUGCAUUUACCUUACGAUUCACUGUUUCACCUUCUUUUUUAAGACACUAGAAAGCUUUUAUUUGGAAGAAUACCGGUGAAUUUGCUCCAGCCAGAGUUACCCUUAUUGUUAACACGUUGUCCUACCUCUACUAAGUCAUAAUAUCAACGGAAAAUAACUGGGUAAAUAUUGAUCACACAUUUUCCCGUUCAUUUCCCGAGUCAAGCCCUCGAAAGCUUUCAUUACACAAGCAUCCUUCCAACAAACAGCUGAAACGUGACAGACACGCUAGAGUACAAGCAGUUUAAUAAACGAAAGAGA